AAAGAGUAGGACGAGUGGAAAGGCAUCGAGGGAGGGAGGGUAUGGACGAUAAGUUUAUAAAUGAGAUGAUGGAAGAAUGGAUAGAGGAUGAUGAUCAUGAUAAUGAUGAUAGGAAAAAGGGUAUAAUGGGAAAGAAGAGUUCUAGUAGUAGUAGUAGUAGUGGUAGCUUUUGCCAGGUGGAAGACUGCUCAAGUGAUAUGAGUCGAGCCAAAACAUAUCAUCGGAGACACAAAGUAUGUGAGUUUCAUGCUAAGGCUCCAAUCGUUGUCAUUAGUGGACGCCAACAACGUUUUUGCCAGCAAUGCAGCAGGUUUCACGACUUAACUGAAUUUGAUGAUGCCAAAAGGAGUUGUCGUAGGCGCUUAGCUGGACACAACGAACGCAGGCGUAAGACCUCCUAUGGAGAAACUUCUGGUUAACGAUAAUGAUAACGAUAAUAUUAUUAUCGCCAAAUAAGAAAUAUAUGUCCGGUAGCAGUAGCGGUAGCCACGCUCCCUCUCUUCUGUCAGUCCCUAAAUAUAUUAUCUAUUUCGAUGCAUGGCCAUACUUGUACUAAAUAACGCAAUGCUAAUAAAUUAAAGAAACCUUCCAGUUCCAGUUA